AGGGGGUGUUUGUUCAGGGAGAAGUCAGAGUUAACUGACAGAUACAUAUUUGGAAAAUAUUUCAGCCCAAAUCCAUGGAAAAUGUAGAACUUGAAGGCUUCCUUCAUUUGUACACAAAUUGUUUCAUAUGUACUAGUGUAAUUUUUCCUAAUUUAAUUUUAAGAUUCUUUAAGUUACUUUAUCUCACAUUCCUGAGACUGUAUUUUGCAUAAAACAAUGUUAGACACAUGGAUGGUGAUAUAUCUAUCAAGAUAUCUAUUUCUCUUUCCAUAUAUAUUUUUUUCUUUUUUAUAGGUUGGAGUAUGACUUUUUGUUGUAAAAGAGAUAUGGGAUUGGACGUCCAGAAUUAGGAAAAUGCUCUAAGAGUGUGAAGGGGAUUUGGAAGUUGAACGGUGUUAUCCUCUUUGCUUGGUGACCUGUGGCAGAUUGUCAUAGUAGACGAUCUACGGGGUAGAGGCUGGGCUAGUCUUUAGGAAAAGAUGGUAGUGCGAUUGUGGACGAGGAGAUUUCAGAAAGCUUUGACUAGGAAUGCUUGGGGAGAACAGCUGAAUGAGAGGGAACUCACACAUACACUGAGAUGACCAUAGCUGUCUGUUCCCAGUGUUUGGUUCAGCAUAUGAACACCACCAAGGUGGGCUGCUCUAUCACUCCGUGUGGAGUGCCGUGCUGUGGGCCACCAUAACAGAACCAGGUAGAACCAGAGGUGCGGAGGAGCAGAAUCUUAGAACAUUUUUUUCUGGCUCUUGCUGCUGUUUUUCUACUGCAGGUUGAGACCAGACUCAAACGAAAAUAUAUAUUAAAACAGAGACAUAUCGGGAUCAGAAAGCCCCAAAAAGCCGACUCCAAAACCGCCUGCUCUUCCACUUGGCUCACAAGUUUAAUGAUGAAAAGAAACUGAUGAACUUUCAUCAGAAUCUUCAGGAUAUCACAGAAGAUCAACUCAGCUUGGCCUCAAUCCACUAUAUGCGAUCUCACUACCAAGAAGCCAUUGAUAUAUACAAGCGAAUACUGCUAGAUAACAGGGAAUACCUUGCCCUCAAUGUUUACGUGGCCCUCUGUUACUACAAGUUGGAUUACUAUGAUGUCUCUCAAGAAGUUCUGGCUGUUUACCUUCAGCAAAUUCCUGAUAGUACCAUUGCUCUCAACCUGAAGGCCUGUAAUCAUUUUCGCCUUUACAACGGGAAAGCAGCUGAGGCAGAACUCAAAAGCUUGAUGGACAAUGCUUCUUCUUCCUUUGAAUUUGCUAAAGAACUCAUCAAGCACAAUCUGGUUGUUUUCCGGGGAGGUGAAGGGGCUUUGCAGGUUCUGCCCCCCCUGGUUGAUGUCAUUCCUGAAGCGAGGCUAAACUUAGUGAUUUACUACCUUCGCCAAGAUGAUGUGCAAGAAGCUUAUAAUUUAAUUAAGGAUCUGGAACCUACUACCCCUCAGGAGUAUAUCCUCAAAGGAGUCGUCAAUGCAGCCCUUGGCCAGGAAAUGGGGUCGAGGGAUCAUAUGAAAAUCGCCCAGCAGUUCUUCCAGUUGGUGGGAGGCUCAGCCAGUGAAUGUGACACGAUACCAGGGAGGCAGUGCAUGGCUUCCUGCUUCUUCCUGCUGAAGCAAUUUGAUGAUGUCUUGAUUUACCUCAACUCAUUUAAGAGUUACUUCUACAAUGAUGACAUCUUUAACUUUAAUUAUGCACAAGCCAAAGCUGCAACAGGCAAUACCAGCGAGGGUGAGGAGGUGUUUCUCCUGAUCCAAAGUGAGAAGUUGAAGAACGAUUACAUUUACCUCAGCUGGUUAGCUCGGUGCUAUAUCAUGAAUAAGAAACCAAGACUGGCCUGGGAACUUUACCUCAAGAUGGAAACCUCCGGCGAGUCCUUCAGCCUCUUACAGCUCAUUGCUAACGACUGCUACAAGAUGGGCCAGUUUUACUAUUCAGCCAAAGCUUUUGAUGUCCUCGAGAGACUGGACCCCAACCCUGAGUACUGGGAAGGCAAGAGAGGUGCCUGUGUGGGCAUCUUCCAGAUGAUCUUAGCUGGCAGAGAGCCCAAAGAGACCCUCCGAGAAGUGCUGCAUUUACUGCGGAGCACAGGUAACACCCAGGUGGAGUACAUCAUCCGGAUCAUGAAGAAGUGGGCCAAAGAGAACAGAGUGCCUGUCUGAAGUAGCAUGAGGCCAGAGAGCCAGGCAGCACUGGAGUGCCAAGUUGGAACCCAAGUGUAAUGCAAGACGCAGGGCUCUCUUUUGCUGGCCUUGGCCUUCCUUGCUCUCCAGGCCUCAAGGUCACCACUGACUAGCUCGGACCCGCCUCCCAGCUGAACCAGGAGCCUCAGCCUCAGCCAUGGCCCUGGGUGGUCCUACCAGCAAUAAGACCUUGGACUUCCCUGGUGCCUUCCUUCCAGAAACGCUCCAAGCACUCUGAUACAAUUUACUGACUUUAAGGAGAACAGCAUAACUUUCCUUUAUAUUUGUGCUUCCUGGUGUUUCCUCCUAGCUGCAAUAACAAAUGUCUUUGACCCUCAAGGGUCACCACCAUUCUGUCAUCUUAUUUUUAGCCAUUCUGUACGUUAUCCUGUCUUACUGGGGAGUUCCGUAAACAGUUUUGUAAUGCGUCUCUGAAACCUGGGAGAACGGAGGCUAUCACUAGCGAUAACUAGCCGUGUGUUUGGAAGCAUGGCGGUGAGAUCCUUUAUCAGAGUGUCGGCAUCAGUGGAUUUACACGGUUCCUCUUCUGUAAUGGGAUUAGUGGUGAUAAGACCAUGUCGCGGUAGAGUAAGAUGGGGGUUGCAGUUUUUACAAAGGUGAGUUCUGUGGAAAAAAUCUGAUACAGUGGCUAAAAGUAUUCAGGAAACAGAGUAUACAGAUCUCAUUAGUCACUUCUCCAUAUGUUUUAGGUAACUCCAAGUAUCCUAGGUAACUCCUCCAUAUAUUUCAGGUUAGGUUUUUUUCCUAAUGUAUCUUGCUGAGUAAACAUCAGUUUUGGAAGUAGGGCCACAAAGAUGAUACAGGUGCAUUUAUGGCCGUUAAUGUGAUGACCUAGAACGUGAAUGGGAUAGAGCCCAUGGAGGGGCCCCUCGUGGCCAGACUCCCCGUCCUGAGUUGUCUUCCAGCCCGUGUUUCCAAGUUCUCACAGCAUAAACCUUCUCUACAACUCACCAGUUAUUUUCAGAAAACACUCACAUGUCUUUAUGUACCAGAUUACCUUUGUUUCUACACCACAUUGGUUUUGUUUGUUUAUGUUUAUUAGUUCAGGGUGUACAGUGGGACAGGUCUAGAAAGUGCAGAGCCAUCCCCAUGUAGCAGAGAAUGGACGGGAAGAGAAACGAAAGCGUGUUUGUAAUUCCUCGAGGCACUGAAGACAGAAGAACUCUUGUAAGCACUGCAUCAGGGAUCCCACUUACUCCCCAGCGUCCUCCUGCGGACGAAGAAGUUGUAUAGAGCGGAGAUGGGGACGCCGUGAAGUUGUAUAGAGCGGGGAUGGGGAUGUGGUGGGGUCAGAACGGCCAAGGAGGGAAGAUGAAGGUUCUGGAGACAGCCGUGGCCUGGACAGUUGUGAUGGGGGCUUGCGGCUCCACUCGGGAAGGCAGCCAGCUUUCUGCCUUUUAACUCAGACCCCGAUCUGACCAGUCCAGAGCACAAGUCAAAAUGAGUCGGCCUUGCUUGCUUGCUAACUAGACAGCAAUGCUACGUCACUUUUCAUAUGCCAGAGCUUCUCUUUCCUCAUUAUACUGCUCCUACUUUUUUAAUAAUUACUGGUUCUCAGCAUUUCAGGUACUAGGUGGGUCAGCUCUGGGCAGGACCUGCUGUAAUGUCUAGAAUACUUCUUGUGAUUCUUACUUACCUCGGUUAGAAUAUUAGCAGACACAAUCGUGGAGAAGACAGAGGGGUCCCUCGGUGGCUGUAGCAGUGAGAUUUGUCUCCCAGUGAAUUCUGUCGUUUUCAAAUUCCUGAAGCUUGGAAAGCUUUACCAGGGAUGGCAAUUUACUUUUAAAUGAGCUGUUAUGGAAUUUAACACGCUGGACCCUCAAGACUUAAUUUUCCUGUCUCUCGCACAGAAACAGGUGUUCCAAAAAUAGCAAUUCCCAGAAUAUUAGACCAUUUUUUAAAAAACUUUUUAAUCUAUAGGAUUGAGCCAAAAACCAUAGACACUAGAGAGAGACAUCCUCCACUUCUGUUGUUAUUAAGGAUAGCUGCUUCUGAAGUGUCUUGACAGGGUCUCAGAAUUGCAGGGCAGCCCCUCACGCUGUGGUUCUUACCCGUGAUGACGUGAGGGAGAGAGGACAGUCCAGGCUUAGGGCUGAAUGGUAACGUACAGUUCAUAGCAUCAAUGCACCGUUUAUAGUUUGUAGCAUACAUUACUUGCAAAUGGAAAAAAAUCUUUUAUAAUUAUUUUUGUAC